AUAAACACUGAACACGUCAGAGUGAGCGGAACGUUAGAACCAGAGACCAGAGAGUUAGUUUACCACAGCUACUACAGAACAAACCAUUUCACAGACCAGUUAUUCAACACAGUUUCAGAGACCUGUUGUAUAAACCAGUUUCAGAGAACAGUUUUACAGACAAGCUUCAAUGUCUGGAGUUUUUAGUUCAGACUUUCUCCCUCCGAGUGAGGUGGAGAAAGAAACUGACCUGGAUCAGACGUCUCAGGACCAGAUCACCAACAAGGACCAGACUUCUGACCAGGAUCAGAUCAUCGACCUGGAUCAAACAUCUGACCAGAGUCCAACGUCUGAGGAUCAAACCUCAGAGAACAAGAUCAUCGAUCAAGAGGAGACUUCUGACCAAGAUCGGACCUCCAACCAGGAACAGACCACCGACCUGCUGACCCAGCAGGCAGCCCUGAUGCUGUUCCUGGAGGAGAAGGUGCUGUUUGACUGUAAGGAGGAGGAGGACCUGAUCUCCGCCAUGCUCUCAUCCUUCAUCGGCAGCCUGGAGGACAGAGAGUGGCAGAGCCUGCAGGACCGGAUGGUGGAGCAGAUGUCUCAGACUCACCUGGCUCAGGUGUCUGAGAGGAUCAUCAGGGUGGUGUCUCAGCUGGUCCUCCAGCUGCUCACCCCAGCUCUGAAGGUCCAGUUCCAACCUGAAGACCUGCCUAGAGCGCCCCCCUCUGAGAGAGAGGAGGAGGAAGAGGAGCAUCAGAGCGACAACAACGACAGAUCCUCUGCUGCUCUGAGACCGGUGCCUGGAGAUCAGCGAAAGUAUUUGGAAGUCGAUGAAGAAGCCCUGGUUCGCUCAUUGGGCAGCUCCGCCUCCCAGCUGCCGGUGAGGAGCAUGCUGGGAGAUUUAGUGAAGCAGCUGAACCAGGGUCUGUGUUUGCUGGCUGCUCAGAGCCAGGACAGCGCUGAGGCCGAAGGGUCAGAGGUCACAUCUGCUGCCAUGAAUUUCUUGGCGUUGGCAGGUGAGACUCUGGCUCAUUUAAAAGACGAGGAUCAGGACCAGGACAUAGACACCAUCUCCGAAAGAGCGACUGAGGAGGUGAUGUUCGCCAUCGCUGACACCAUGAGCAGCUGUCAGGUUGAAGGGAGGAAGUCAACCAGGAUCCUGAGAGACCUUGCUACCAAAAUAAGUGAGCAGCGCUCAGCAUCCGGCCACCAGCAGCUCAGCUCGUUCACCAUCAGUCUGAAGACUGACAGUGAUGAGCAGCCUGAGCAGCCUGGAGCUCGUCAGAAGCCAUACCCGAUACACGUGUCGUCUGAGAAGAUCAACAGCGACCUGUCUGAGUUUCAUGGCUCCUGUCUCCAGGUGUUAAAGGGCCUUCUGGCCAAGUUAUUGGCCCUGUCAUCCCCACAGAGUUUUAGCGUGAUGACCGGUCGACACAGGUCAUCCCUGCCCGCCUUAGAGUCUGCUGCCUCGGACGUUCUCGACAUCGUCGUCAACAGUGUGAAGGAACUUUGCCAGAAAAAGAAGUCGAAGUUCCCACUGAGACGACGCAAGACAAAGGUCAAAGAGAAGAACGUGAACUCCACAGCUACUGAGUUGAAAGUCGCUCUGCAGGAGAAACUGAGAGAGUUUCUCACCUGCCACAAAGACGCUGUGGAGCAGCAGAAGAACAACAAAAAGGAAAAAGCAAAGACGAUUGUAUCCACACUUCUGUCCGACCUGAGACAGAAGACAGAAGAGUGUGAGGACAUGCAGCAGGAGCAGAGAUCCAGAGUCCAGGUCAUAACCGGUGCUGUCAGGACUCUGCUGCAGCAGGUCGACGUCUGCGGAGGCGACUGGGACAGAUCCACUCUAAUCAAACUGGAGGAUCUGAUCAGUGAGGAUAAACUGUCCAGCUUCUCCCAGCUGCUGACGACGUCUCUGGGCCCUCUGUGGUCCGGUCCCGUCAGACCAGCUGAACAGGUUCAUCUGUUCUGCACUGCAGCUGUGAAGCAUCUGCUUCGACUGUUCGUCCUCCCUCCUCUCUCCUGGGGGAUGGGCAGGGUCGUACAAGUCCAGAGCGACAAAUCAUUCACCGCCAGGUUGGCAGAGUCGGCUCAGCUGUACGACAACACCAUCAGCCGGUAUGCUCAGCUGAUGUCCGACCAGGUGAUGAGCGACCUCCGCAGGUCGUCCACCGCCUUCUGGCUGCAGCUGGAGGUCGACGCUCUCCAGGAUGGCACUUCAAAAUGAUGACAACGCACCCACACCGAAGAAGAGGAAGAAAAAGAACGUCAUACAUUUCUUCCAGAAGCUGCCACGGAAGAUUGGAAAGAAAUGGAGGACGGUGAGAAACCGGAUGGACGAGUACAUCAUGGACGUGGAUUCUGACGAUGAGGAGGAAGGACUGGACCCCUCUGAGCUGAGGAGGAGGAGGAUCGUCCGCUUCCUCCAGGAUCUUUCGGACCGGAUUGUGAUGGCUUUCUGGGUAUAUGAGCCGAGGCCGUGGCAGACGAUGGCUCUGUUCCCAAUCUAACAAACACUAUCUCUACCAAAGGACAUUUACAGGACUUAUAAAAUACAUAAGUUCCUGAGCCCACCGGCGAUGUCUCAUCAAGCGUUCAUUGACAUCAGCAAGUGAACUGACUCUUUCCUCUGCCUUGUGUUUGCGAGGGUGUGAGGGGUGUGGAUUAUCUCUAGGGCCACACAUUCUCAAACUCACGAAGAGGCAGUGCACUGAUUACAGGGAUAAGCUGAGGUAACACUGCUGAUACGAUGACACUUCAUACACAUUUAUGACAAUAACCUUGAUAGUGACUUUAACUUUGAUGAUUUUCAUCUUUACAAUUCCUUGAAAUUUUCCUAAACUCCCAUUACUGAGGCCGAGACACUUUGGCCUCUGACAACAUGCAAACGUUUAAUGUGAAGAGUCUGAAAAGACUUCCAGUGUUUAAUGAUUGUAGAACUUGUUUGUGCUAAAAGUCAGUAUCUAUGGAUAAACAGCUGUGGGAAAAGGUUUGGGUAAAUUCUUACUCUAAACUCAACAUCUGUUUGCUUCAAAAUCUGACAUACAUGGAGUUUGCUCAGUGGGAAAACAUCUGCAGACAGCUGUCUGAAAGUACCUGGAUGUAAAUCGUGAAAUGUGAAACUUGUGAGGAAAAUUUGAAUGUUAAAUAAAUCUGUGUC